UUUAUAAUAGUCGGUGGCGGAACAGCUGGUUGUGUUUUAGCAAAUCGUCUUAGUGAAAAUUCAAAUUGGAAAAUUUUAUUAAUUGAAGCUGGUGGAAAAGAAGGUAUUGUACAUCAAAUACCAUUAGCUGUAGCAAAUCUUCAAUCAACUUCAUCGAAUUGGGGUUAUAAAACAAUACCACAAAAAUAUUCAUGUUUUGGUAUGAAUAAUCGAGAAUGUGAAAUGCCGCGUGGUAAAGUACUAGGAGGUAGUUCAUCAAUUAAUUAUAUGAUAUAUAAUCGUGGACAUAAACGUGAUUUUGAUCGUUGGGCAGAAUCUGGUAAUCCUGGUUGGUCAUAUAAUGAUGUACUACCAUAUUUUAAAAAAUCAGAAAAUUCUAAUCUUCAAAGUGCAGGUCUAGAAGACACUCAAUAUCAUGGUCAUAAUGGACCGUUAAAUGUUGAAUAUUUAAAUUAUAAAACUGAUAUGGUUAAAUCAUUUAUUGAUGCAUUAAAAGAAACUGGAUUAAAUGAAACUGAUUAUAAUGGUGAAUCACAAUUAGGUGUUUCAUAUGUUCAAGCGACAACAUUAAGAGGACAAAGACAGAGUGCAUAUCGAACAUAUAUUUAUCCAUAUAAAAAUCGUAAAAAUCUUCAUAUUAGAAUUUAUAGUAGAGUAACGAAAAUUUUAAUUGAUCCAAAGAGUAAAAUUGCAUAUGGUGUUAAUUUUGUUUUAAAUAAUAAAAAAUAUUCAGUUAAAGCAAAAAAUGAAAUUAUUUUAUCAGCUGGUGCAUUCAGUUCACCACAAUUAUUAAUGUUAUCGGGUGUUGGUCCAUCAAAACAUUUAAAACAAAUGAAUAUUACAGUUAUUAAAGAUUUACCAGUUGGUGAACGAAUGUAUGAUCAUGUUAGCCAUCUUGGUAUAACAUUCAUUACAAAUACAUCAAAACAAACCCCAUAUGCCAGUAAUAUUGGACUCGAUGAAAUAUAUGAUUUUAUAAAUGGUAAAGGUCCAUUAACAAUAAUUGGUGGAGUUGAAGCUCUUGCAUUUAUUAAAGUACCAAAUUCAAGAGAGCCAGCUGAUUAUCCAGAUAUAGAAUUAAUAUUUUCAGCUGGUGGUUUUGCAAGUGAUGGUGGUACUGCUUUAAAAGCUGGUGUUAAUUUACGUGAUGAUAUUUAUAAUAAACUUUAUCGAAAAUUUGAAUAUACACAAAAAGAUCAUUUUACUAUUAUUUUAAUGUUAUUUCAUCCAAAAUCAUAUGGUAAUGUUAGACUUGCAAAUCGUAAUCCAUUUUCACCACCAAUUUUAAAUCCAAAUUUUUAUGAGAAUCCAGAUGAUAUUGAAACAAUGUUAAAAGCAACAAAAUUCGUUUUAAAAUUAAUGAAUACUGAAGCAAUGAGAAAAAUUGGAGUAACAUUAAAUAAUGAAAUAUUACCAGGUUGUGAAAAUUAUUUAUAUGGAUCGGAUGAGUAUUGGAAAUGUUCAAUACGAACCCUAUCUGAUACAUUACAUCAUCAAGUGGCAACAUGUAAAAUGGGUCCAGAAAAUGAUUUCACAACUGUUGUUAAUCAUGAAUUAAAAGUACAUGGUAUUAAAAAAUUAAGGGUUGUUGAUGUGAGUAUUAUACCAUAUGCACCAACUGCUCAUACAAAUGCAGCAGCUUUUAUGAUAGGUGAAAAAGCUGCUGAUAUGAUUAAAUCAGAAUGUAUAAGAUAA